UCUAGUAGAAGUUAUUAAAUUGCCUCACCUGCUUCCUUUACAGAAAGGUUUGUUCUCCAUUUCUCACCAUUUUCAUUCUACUUCUCCAUACUUCCUUUCCUCUUCUUCUAUCUGUUUCUCUCUCUCCUAGUUCCCAGCUCAAAAAUUUAAGAUUUUAGCUCAUACCCACUAAAAGAAAGAGUUCUGAAUUUCUGUUUUUGGGUCUUGAUUCAUUGAGAGAGAGUCCCUGGAUACCCAAGGAGAAGAGAAGUUUGGCUGAAAUGGGUGUUUCUGUUUUGUCCUGGGGGCAAUGUGUGUGGGUUUGGAGAGAGCUGGUUUAAUCAAGUGGAGUUAUUUGAAGGGAGUGAAAAAUGCGGCUACUUCGUCUUGAUUGUGGUGUUGUUUUGCUCAAAGGCGUGAUUUUUCAGAAUUAGCAAUUGGGAGAGGAUACAGUAGCUGGAUCUUCCCGUAAGCUGUUCCAGGACCCAUAAUGCCAAACGGGUAGAUCCAUUUGCUGUGUUUCGAGCAUGAGAAGGGUCCCUUUAUUUCUUGUUCCUCAAGCUCUCCGCUAUUUGGUUCUUGCUUCUCUUGCAAUCAGAAUCAUCACGGUUUCUUUGGCAGCAACGGAGAAGGAAAUUUUGCUCCAGUUCAAAGGAAACAUCACUGGUGAUCCCUACAACAGCUUGAGUUCUUGGCUCCCAGGUGGCAACCCUUGUGUGAAUUUCAGUGGCGUGUUCUGUAAUGCGGAUGGGUUUGUGGAUAAGAUCGUUUUGUGGAACACCAGCCUUGCCGGGGUACUUUCACCUGCGCUGUCGGGUUUAAGCUCGAUUAGAGUCUUGACAUUGUUCGGCAACCAAUUUUCAGGUAAUAUCCCGCGAGAAUAUGCCCAAUUGCAGACAUUGUGGAAGAUUAAUGUAAGUUCAAAUGCACUAUCUGGUUCCAUACCAGAUUUCAUUGGUGAUUUACCUGGCAUUAGGUUUCUUGAUUUUUCAAGAAAUGGUUAUAGUGGGGAGAUACCAUCUGCCUUAUUCAAGAGCUGUUAUAGAACAAAGUUUGUUUCUUUUUCUCAGAAUGGUCUUUCGGGUUCGAUUCCUCAGUCCAUUGUGAAUUGCAGUAACCUUGAAGGAUUUGAUUUCUCAUUCAAUAAUCUUAGUGGUGAAUUGCCUUCUCAUAUAUGCGAUAUUGGGGUGUUAAAAUUUGUAUCUUUGAGAAGCAAUUUGUUAAGUGGUAGUGUAAAAGAAGAGUUAUCUAGAUGUCAAAGCCUGGUGUUUUUGGAUCUUAGCACAAAUGCAUUUACUGGAUUGGCUCCGUUAGGGGUUCUUGAAUUCAAAAAUAUUACUUACUUUAAUGUCUCACACAACGGGUUUCAAGGGGAAGUUUCUGAGAUUGGGACCUGUAGUGGGGGAAUGGAGUUUAUUGAUGUUUCAUGGAAUAGCUUGGAUGGUGAGAUACCAUUGAGCAUUUCAAGUUGUAGAAGCCUUAAGGUUUUGGACUUGGGGUUUAAUAGAGUCAGUGGGAGCAUUCCAGUUGGUUUUAGUGCUUUAACUAAUCUCUUGGCAAUUAGUUUGGCUAAUAAUUCCAUAAGCGGAGCAAUACCGGUGGAUUUUGGGAACAUUGAGCUGCUGCAAGUAUUAGAUUUGCACAAUCUCAACCUUGUUGGUGAAAUUCCUAAGAAUAUAAGCAAUUGCAGAUUUCUUCGUGAGCUGGAUGUUUCUGGAAAUGCACUAGGGGGAGAAAUUCCUGAUACCCUUUACAACAUCUCAAACAUGGAAAUCCUUGACUUGCAUGAUAACAGGCUGAAUGGAAGCAUUCCACCAAGUUUAGGAAACUUGUCCAGAAUCCAGUAUCUUGAUCUGUCCCAAAAUUCACUAUCAGGGGCAAUCCCUCCUUCACUAGGGAAAUUGAAAAUGUUAACGCAUUUUAAUCUUUCCUACAACAACCUUUCUGGUGUCAUCCCUACUAUUCAAACCAUUCAAUCUUUUGGGGCAUCAGCAUUUCUUAACAAUCCUUUUCUUUGUGGUUCUCCAUUGGACAACCCCUGUUCGGCAACUGUAGGUGGCCCAACUUCCACUCCUGGUAAAACCAAGGUCCUUAGUGUUUCUGCUAUUGUGGCCAUUGUUGCUGCUGCUGUGAUCCUUACGGGAGUUUGUGUGGUAACCAUCAUGAACAUCAGGGCCCGCCGGACCAAGAAGGAGGAUGUAACAUUGGUUGUUGAGAGCACACCACCGGGUUCGACAGAUUCAAAUGUUAUAAUUGGAAAGCUGGUCCUCUUCAGCAAGAGCUUACCUUCAAAAUAUGAAGAUUGGGAAGCUGGCACCAAAGCAUUGCUUGACAAGGAAUGUCUAAUAGGUGGUGGAUCAAUUGGUGCAGUCUACAGAACUAACUUUGAAGGUGGGAUCUCGAUUGCAGUGAAGAAGCUUGAGACUCUAGGAAGGAUCAGAAACCAAGAUGAAUUUGAGCAAGAAAUUGGAAGACUGGGUAACCUUCGACAUCCCAAUUUGGUUGCUCUUCAGGGUUACUACUGGUCCUCAACAAUGCAGUUGAUUCUUUCUGAAUUUGUUCCUAAUGGGAAUCUAUAUGACAAUCUUCAUGGGCUCAAUUAUCCAGGUACCAGUACUGGUGUUGGCAACAGUGAACUGUACUGGUCUAGGAGGUUCCAGAUUGCUCUUGGAACAGCUAGAGCACUCUCUUAUCUUCACCAUGAUUGCAGACCUCCAAUUCUUCAUCUCAACAUCAAAUCCACUAACAUACUCUUAGAUGAAAACUAUGAGGCCAAGUUGUCUGAUUAUGGCUUGGGGAAAUUGCUUCCCAUUUUAGAUAACUAUGGUUUGACUAAAUUCCACAAUGCAGUUGGGUAUGUUGCACCAGAGUUGGCUCAAGGUUUGAGACAUAGUGAGAAAUGUGAUGUUUAUAGUUUUGGAGUAAUUCUUUUGGAGCUGGUAACUGGGAGGAAACCAGUUGAGAGUCCAACAGCAAACGAGGUAGUGAUUUUGUGUGAAUAUGUUAGGGGAUUGUUGGAGAGGGGCUCAGCUUCAGAUUGUUUUGAUCGAAGCUUGCAUGGUUUUGCAGAGAAUGAAUUAAUUCAGGUCAUGAAGUUGGGGUUGAUUUGCACAUCAGAUGUUCCUUCAAGAAGACCAAGUAUGGCUGAGGUCAUUCAGGUUCUCGAGUCCAUUAGAUCUGGAAUGGAACCAUAAUGAUGAAGUUGAGCUGUUUUUGCUGAGCCAUCACAAGAUUCAAACCAAGAAUUAUACUUUUUGAAGUAAUUUUCAAAGGAAUGGCAUGGUUCAGUUGUGCAAAGCAGAGAAAAUUGCUUGUUUACUGUUAGGGUAAAAAAUAAAUAGACAAACAAAAACAUUCUUUUGUAUUCAUUUUGAGAUUACCAUCAUUGAUUUGUUCCUGGAAUUUGUAAUUGUUGCAAUAAAAGGAUUCAUUUACA